AGGAUUUCCAUUUCAGUUCGUGGAACAAAGUUAAAGUACGUCAGAAGCUGAAAAGAUCGAUUGUUGCUUCAUGUACACCACCACCGGCACAAUCUGCAUGAUGCUGAUAUCAUCUACCGUAUGUUGAAAGUAGCACGUGAAGAAGAACAAAAUGAGUGGCGCAACCUCUUCGAGGAAACUCCAGUUGCACCCGCUCGUCCUUCUGAACAUUGCGGACCAGACUACGAGGCUUCAGCAGGCCAAGGUCGAGCAUCAAGCACAGUUGUCUCGUCCGCCAGUCGCCAUUGCUGCGCUGCUCGGCCAAUUUACGGACGACAACAAGGCGCAUUUGUACAAUUCUUUCGAACUGAAAUUUAACACGGAAACGGAGACGGACCCAGACGCGGACCCGACCCAGCUCGAUCGGAAGUUUUUCGAUGAACGGUUAAAGCAGUAUGCGGAGGUGUUUCCCUAUCGCGAGAAAAAAGUGUUACAGUUACACAUUGUCUUGCAGGCCAAGCAAGACAGACAGGCUCUGUCAUGCCGGAUAUGCAUAAGAGCCUCGUUUCGUAGGUGUUUUCCCCUAGGAUUUCUGCAUUACAGGUUUUCUCUCUCAUGCAGGGACAUUUGUGUUGCUGAAUUGCCUACAAAUGUGUAACUGUAGUAACACUUUUUUCUCACGAUAUUCCCAGUUUGGAGUUUCUUGGGCUCUACGUUUGCUGUGCUGGGAAGGAAGUGUUUCAGCUGAGUAUCCCGAUGAUAAAAUCUUUCCUUGCCGGGUUGUCUGCGGAAUACCUACUGCAUGUCGACUGUCACAUACGGAAGAGCAGUGGUAGUUCUUUAGCAUCUGCUGGUUCCAGCAAUGGGAGUGUAGCAUCCUCUGCUUUAUCUGCCGUUGUUGGCGAGGACGUGAUUACAUUCGGGCUGAAAGACAUCCACGUCUACGAAAAGAGCGCAGGAACGACCGGAGUCGGGGCGGUCUGGGAAGUGUCGCAAGAAAGGUUUGCAGCUUUUAGCUUGUGUUGACCUGUCAACAUGAUUCGAUUGUCCCUUUUACUACUAGUAGGUACUUCGAUGUACUAGAAUAGAUACUUCUUCUGGGAGUUGUAUGGUGCAGUUCUUUAUUUUUCAUUUUGACCUUAUUUCAUCCGGCAAGCAUGUCGACGUCCGUCCAACACUGCAAAUAAAGGUUUGACGUCGCUUCCACGGAGGUAGAGCGCAUCACGACCCAGCAGCUUGCCACAGGCGGCGAUGGUGAGGGUCUGGCGCAGUAUGCGAACCACAAGAAGGCCCUUCUCCGAAGCACGACGAUGCUCCGCGACCGGAUAGACCUGCUCCUCGGGUUUCUGCACGCACAGCAAUCCAUAGACAGUACUACACCAAGGUCCCCCGAAGACGAGCAGACACUGCGCGAAAUCGCCCUUCUCUGCGCGCAGUUACAGCGGGACAAGGUGAGUGGCUCGGGUGCAGAAGUAGGAGAAGCUAGUUCUUCGGUGAAAACGACUAGAAGAACGACUCCAGAGUCGACAACACCUUUCGAUCCGUACUUCCGGCAAUCGCAGCUUUUUCGGGAGGCAGAGGCCGCGACCGUUGCGACGGAACUGACGCGAGUGGUGGCGACGAUGUCAGAGCUGGUGGACCUGCAAGGAAACAGUACUAGAGAUCACCAAAGUGACUUGCCGUCUGCUGGUGGCGCGAGGAAAAAACGCACGCCUGGAGGGGGCGUGCUUGGACAAGUUGCUGGGGUUAGAAACUGAUGAGGCAGGAGGUUUUCAUAGUACUGUGCUUGCAACUGUGGUGACUACUUAUUAUAGCACAAUCACACUUCAUUUCUCCAUUUCCAUGCGGCUUUGACAUUGAAUCCAGUGAAGAUGUUCUAC